UCAUUUAUAAAACAAGAAUGGAGUCAUUCCCCAUAGGUUUAUGCGGUGGAUGAUCUUUGUGGCACAGAAAAAGAAUUAAAGAAUGAUGGCUUCAUUCCAGCGCUCUAACAGUCACGACAAGGUGAGGAGAAUAGUUGCAGAGGAGGGCCGUACAGCCAGAAACCUGAUAGCUUGGAGUGUUCCUCUAGAAAGCAAAGACGAUGAUGGAAAACCUAAAUGUCAAACUGGUGGGAAAUCUAAGAGGGCAAUUCAAGGCACUCAUAAAACUACUAAACAGAACCCCGCAGUAGACUGUAAAAUAGCAUCGUCUACAGCUGGGGAUAAACACUUCGAUAAAAGUCCCACGAAAACAAGGCACCCUCGGAAAAUCGAUCUACGAGCUCGAUACUGGGCAUUUCUUUUUGACAAUCUUCGCCGGGCAGUAGAUGAGAUCUAUGUAACGUGUGAGUCAGAUCAGAGCGUGGUGGAAUGUAAGGAGGUGCUGAUGAUGCUGGAUAACUAUGUGAGAGAUUUCAAAGCGCUGAUUGAUUGGAUUCAGCUUCAGGAAAAGCUAGAGAAGUCAGAUGCUCAAAGCAGACCAACCUCCUUGGCGUGGGAAGUGAAGAAGAUGUCUCCAGGACGCCAUGUGAUUCCAAGUCCAUCAACAGAUAGGAUAAGUGCAACAUCAAAUGCUCGAAGAAGCUUAAAUUUUGGGGGUUCCCCUGGCACAGUGGCUACACCCCGUCUGGCUCCCACGGGCGUCAGCUGGGCUGACAAGGUAAAGGCUCAUCACACAGGCUCAGCUGCCGCUGCAGAGGCCGCACCCGCGCAGGCCUGCCCGCCCAUGGCAGCACAGAAGCCUCCCCGCAGAAAUGAACGGAAAGAUGCUGAAGGGUGGGAGACCGUUCAGAGAGGAAGGCCUGUUCGUUCGCGAUCAGCAGCAGUGACGCCGAAAGUUUCACUGGCGGCAGAAGCCGUAAGGUCAAAGGAUGACAGUGACAAGGAGAACGUGUGUCUGUUACCUGACGAAAGCGUACCGAAAGGUGAAUUUGUUGGAGAUGAGCCUUCUCAUACCAUGGACUCUCGGCCCAAAGACACCUUACACUCGUGUGACCGUCCUCUUGCUGAAAGAACCCAGUUUACAGUGAGUACAUCGGAUGAUGUCAACAAUUCUGGCAGUCGUCGGGACUGUACUUCGCGAACUGCUGAAACCCCCGCCGUUCACGUUGACGCAGAGUGUGUCUCGGUUACCCUGCACGCUGACACACCUCCUUUGCAAACCAAGGGAGAUAAGUGGCCAGCAGAGAAAGUGAGGAUCGAAAGCGAAAUGGACCCUUCCGAUCUUUCAAAUUCCAUGGCAGAAGUCCUUGCUAAAAAAGAAGAGCUGGCAGAUCGCCUAGAAAAAGCCAAUGAAGAAGCCAUUGCUAGUGCAAUUGCUGAAGAAGAACAGUUAACUAGAGAAAUCGAAGCUGAAGAAAACAAUGACAUUAACAUUGAAACUGACAACGACAGCGAUUUUUCUGCCAGCAUGGGCAGUGGGAGUGUGUCUUUCUGUGGUAUGUCUAUGGAUUGGAACGAUGUCCUUGCAGAUUAUGAAGCUCGUGAAUCUUGGCGUCAAAACACGUCCUGGGGGGAUAUCGUGGAAGAAGAACCUGCUCGACCUCCAGGACAUGGGAUUCACAUGCACGAGAAGCUUUCCUCGCCAUCUCGUAAAAGAACAAUUGCAGAAUCCAAGAAGAAACAUGAAGAAAAACAAAUGAAAGCACAGCAGCUAAGGGAAAAAUUACGUGAAGAGAAAACAUUAAAGCUUCAGAAAUUGUUAGAGAGGGAGAAGGACGUCCGAAAGUGGAAGGAGGAGUUACUAGAUCAACGACGGAGGAUGAUGGAAGAGAAAUUACUUCAUGCUGAGUUUAAACGAGAGGUGCAAUUACAAGCCAUUGUGAAAAAAGCACAGGAGGAGGAAGCCAAGGUAAAUGAAAUUGCCUUUAUAAAUACCCUUGAAGCCCAGAAUAAGCGCCAUGAUGUCUUAUCAAAAUUAAAGGAAUACGAACAAAGGCUUAAUGAGUUACAAGAGGAGCGUCAGCGAAGACAGGAAGAAAAGCAAGCACGUGAUGAAGCUGUGCAGGAACGUAAGCGAGCUCUGGAGGCAGAACGGCAGGCGCGCGUGGAAGAGUUGCUGAUGAAGAGGAGAGAACAAGAAGCUCGGAUCGAGCAGCAGAGGCAAGAAAAGGAAAAAGCCCGUGAGGAUGCAGCCCGGGAAAGAGCCAGAGACAGGGAAGAACGCUUGGCAGCGCUGACAGCUGCUCAGCAAGAAGCUAUGGAAGAGCUACAAAAGAAGAUUCAGCUCAAGCAUGAUGAAAGCAUUCGAAGGCACAUGGAACAGAUCGAACAAAGAAAGGAGAAAGCUGCUGAAUUAAGCAGUGGGCGACACGCAAAUACCGAUUAUGCCCCCAAGCUGACCCCAUAUGAAAGAAAGAAACAGUGCUCUCUCUGCAAUGUCCCGAUCUCGUCGGAGGUGUAUCUUUUUAGCCACAUUAAAGGGAAAAAGCACCAGCAAGUUGUGAGAGAGAAUAGCAGCAUCCAGGGGCGUGAGCUUUCAGAUGAAGAAGUGGAGCAUCUUUCUUUGAAGAAGUAUAUCAUUGACGUUGUGGUUGAAAGUGCAGUUCCACCAGAGCCUUUGAAAGAUGGAGAAGACCGGCAAAAAAAUAAAAAAAAAGCCAAGAAGAUAAAAGCCCGGAUGAACUCCAGGGCCAAGGAAUAUGAGAGCUUAAUGGAAACCAAAAAUUCUGGCUCAGAUUCACCUUACAAAGCCAAGCUGCAGCGGUUAACCAAAGAUCUCCUAAAACAGCUCCAAGUACAAGACAGUGGCUCGUGGGCGAACAAUAAGGUUUCUGCUCUGGAUCGGACCCUGGGCGAGAUUGCCAGGAUAUUGGAAAAGGAGAAUGUGGCAGAUCAGAUUGCAUUUCAAGUUGCUGGUGGAUUAACAGCCCUCGAACACAUCCUUCAAGCAGUGGUCCCAGCCACAAAUACGAACACGGCUUCACGAAUUCCUCCUAAGUCUCUCUGCAAUGCAAUCAAUGUUUACAACCUCACCUGCAAUAACUGUUCAGAAAACUGCACUGAUGUUCUGUUUAGUAACAAGAUUACCUUCCUAAUGGACCUCCUGAUACACCAGUUGACGGUUUAUGUUCCAGAUGAAAAUAAUGCUAUUUUGGGAAGAAAUACAAAUAAACAAGUUUUUGAAGGCUUGACGACUGGACUUCUCAAAGUCAGUUCUGUGGUUUUGGGCUGCCUGAUUGCCAAUCGACCAGAUGGGAACAGCCGGCCAGCUACACCAAAAAUAUCAACACAGGAAAUGAAAAACAAGCCCUCACAAGGUGAUGCUUUUAACAGUCGAGUUCAGGACCUUAUCAGCUACAUGGUGAACAUCGGUCUGAUCGACAAACUGUGUGGCUGCUUCCUGUCGGUGCAAGGCCCAGUGGACGAGAACCCCAAGAUGGCCGCAUUUCUGCAGCACGCCACAGGACUCUUGCACGGGAUGUGCACACUGUGCUUUGCUGUCACCGGGAGGUCCUGCAGCAUAUUUGACAGUAACCGCCAGGAUCCCACUGGGCUGACGGCUGCUCUUCAGGCCACGGACCUGGCUGGAGUUCUGCACAUGCUCUACUGCGUCCUCUUCCACGGCACCAUCUCGGACCCCAGCACUGCCAGUCCCAAGGAGAGCUAUGCCCAGGACACGGUCCAGGUGGCCAUUCAGAGUUUGCGUUUCUUCAACAGCUUCGCAGCUCUCGAUCUGCCUGCUUUUCAGUCUAUUGUAGGGGCAGAGGGCUUGUCCCUGGCUUUCCGGCACAUGGCCAGCUCCCUGCUGGGCCACUGCAGCCACGUCUCCUGUGAAAGCCUCCUUCAUGAAGUCAUCGUCUGUGUGGGCUACUUCACUGUCAACCACCCGGAUAACCAGGUAAUCGUGCAGUCCGGCCGCCACCCCACGGUGCUGCAGAAGCUCUGCCAGCUGCCCUUCCAGUACUUCAGUGACCCGCGGCUGAUCAAAGUGCUGUUCCCCUCGCUCAUCGCGGCCUGUUACGACAACCGGCAGAACAAGGUCAUCCUGGAGCAGGAGAUGAGCUGCGUCCUGCUGGCCACGUUCAUCCAGGAUUUUGCACAGACGCCCGGCCAGGCAGAUAACCAGUCUUACCAGCCCAAAGGAAAAUGCCUUGGUGCCCAAGACUAUCUUGAGCUGGCUAACAGGUUUCCUCAGCAGGCUUGGGAAGAUGCUCGACAGUUUUUCUUACAGAAGGAGAAAAAAUAAAUGAUUUGGUUGGUUCCAGGACCCUCGUUAAUACCUUAAAUUGCUCAGUUGGAUGUUCUGAAUGUUCAGACUGUCGUGUGAAACCCGUUCCCCGUGUUCAUACCGCCCCGGACUGUAGAUACCGUGUACACUCGGCGCUAUUUAUAAUGACUGUAGAUAUCCCUGUCCUACUUCCGAAUCGACGCGUGCAGUUUCACUUAACGCACAGCAUUUUGGGGCUUGGUGGCUUCCAUCCCACCACAAUAUACUCUUCGCAUUUGUAAUAUGGGUGACCGUAGACAGAACUCGGCGCGUCUGUUCUGUCCUUGUAAUAAAGUUACCUACCUGUUUUCAGUGUUUACUGUUCCUGUUGGGCAGUGCAGGUGUGAAUGAAAAGCACUGACUCCAGCUCCCGAAGCAUCUUUAUUAAAGACUUAGCCUUUA